AUUGCUGCGUCGGGACGAUGUCGCAAGGUACGGAUGGCGAGGGGUACGACGGUGGCCAGGACAGCAACAGCCUGGACGACACGUGGGAUGUGAUGAAGGAUCUGCAGUUCCUCAUUGCCACGGACGACCAGCUUCAAGACGAGCUCGCCCAAGUAUGGGAGAUUUUGGACUCGGAUCUCGGAGCACAGGCCCUCCUUCCAAGUCAGCCUUUCGUGGGUGAGACGGACUCGGACACAGUCGCGACAUCUCCUGCAUCAAGUCCACUCCGCACCUCCGCGCCAGUUGAAUGUGUAGAUCCAGACGAAACAACGAUACCGCCCCCGGCGUUGUCCAAGCGAGACGUGGAGCACCCCAAGCCGAAAGCCCAACGAUCGUCCGUGCGGCAACGUGAAGAAAUCCUCUUGUUACGACAACAGAUCGAAGAUCUCACAGCGAAGCUUCGUGCAAAGGAGACUUCCGCGGUUUCGACAACGUUCGACAUGACACUGUGGGAACGUACGGCCAAGCUCGAGUGCAUUGAGAUGAAGAAGGCGCUGCAGGAGAAUGAACAGCUUAAGGACGCCGUGUACCAGCAAGCAACCUUCAUCGAUCAGAUGCAGCGCGUCUUUCGCAAGAAGCCUCGCAUUGGGACCAACAUCGAUAUCCAUUCCGAGGAAUGGCAAACGUACAAACUGGCGGCUCAAGCAUCUCUGCGGGAAGCAGCGAUCCAUGCCAUCGCGGAUAGACAGUACCGCCGCAUGCAAAGCGCGUUCGUCAAGGCCGGGGUGUUUCACCGCGAGUCGUAUCUGUUUCACAUCAAAGCCAAUCCCCUGCCCGACAACUCGUACUCUCUCGACAUGAUCACACACCUUACGCUCGACGCCCCGUUCCGGCUGGUGGCGGCUCAGGCGUGGCAAGUAUGCAACGGCGAGCUGGCGAUCGACUUGCCGGAUGGCGCGACCGAGACCUUUGAACACAUCGACUUUUACACCGUGUACGGCAAGUUGAUUGCGCGCCCCAGUGGCGGCAUCCCAUGCCACUCCAACACAAUUCGAAAGUACUACGUCGAGGGAGAUCGCGAAGUGAUUGUGUCGCGCACGGUGCUCGAGGACGCCGCGAUGCCGCACAUGUCGAAAGGCGCUGUGGAAAACAGAACGAUGUGGUUGCAGGUGAUGCCGCUGCCAGACGACCCGAACCGAUGCCGGUUCACGAUGCUGCAGGUGCUCAUUUGGCCAGUUGAAGACCCCAUCAGGGACGACGAUGGGUUGGACGAUGUUGUCGAGGCCAUGAAGUACGUGUGCUUUGGUCACGAGCUCGCCCGCGCCGGUACUAUUCCAAUGGCUGCCCAGAUGGACCUCACGCAGCUGCCGUACCCGAGCAUGGGAGUAUUUGCCGAGCGCGGGCGGCGGUUCGUGCGGCUCAUCAAAGCCAAAGUCAACGAAGCGAUUGUAAACUUUAAUGCGCCGCCCCCCGUCGCACCACACGCUGCCCCGUCGACACAGUAGCGAUCAACCACCAAGGAAAAAACACAAUGCUGUACGCGUCAUUGCCCCCUUUCACGCAGGACACGUACCGACAACGCAAGGACGUGGUCCGCAAGGUGACAACUCGGUGAAGAAUAUGAAGCCCUCGUCUGCACAGCGUGUCAUUCCCUGAGCGAGCUUGCCAGGGUUGCUCUUAAACAAGCUAAGCGCACGUCGACGUGUCGGAGUCUGUGUUUGAGACAACACGGCAGUUGUCGCGCGGGAUUGAGACGCGUGUCAUGACGAGUUGAGUGGAUGUGGUUUUGCGUUGUACGCUCGAAUCGCUUGGUGAAUGGCAGCCUUGAGUUCCUUCUCAAACCGACUGCUGCGGUCGACGUAAAAGUGAAUGGCAGGAGAUGGCAAGUGUGUUGGGUGAAAGAGAUGGCCAACACCACCGGUUGCAACCGUGCCUCGCUCGUGCGAACGCAGCGCGAUCGUCACGUUCUCCAGCAUCGACGCCAGGGUGUCGCCGUCCUCCCGUGUCAUGAGGUUUUCCUGCGCACCCAAGUUGAUGUGGACAAGCAGCGUGAGCUGGCACGCAUGGUGCGACAGAGGGACGACUUGCAGCCUACCCACCCACGUCAGCC